AUGGCUGUCGAUCCCUCCACGAUAGACUGGUCUGCGCUGAAGUUUUCGUGGCUGCAAACGCGCUCCCACGUUCGCAGUGUCUGGAGAAACGGCGAGUGGAGCCCUCUUGAGCUGGUAAACGAGCCGACAUUCAAUAUUUCGAUUGCGGCCUCUGCGCUUCACUACGGCCAGGCAGUCUUCGAGGGUCUCAAGGUCUUCCGCACUGUUGACGGCAGAGUCGCUGCCUUCAGACCAGUUGAGAAUGCCCGCAGGCUCAUCAGCUCGUGCGACGGUCUCUGCAUGGAGUCCCCGUCAGAGCAGCUCUUCCUCAAUGCUCUUGCGAUGGUUGUCAGGGAUAACGUUGACUAUAUCCCGCCAUAUGGUACAGGGGGCUCCCUCUAUGUCCGUCCCCUGGUUAUCGGUACCGGAGCCCAGCUUGGAGUUGCACCGUCGUCCGAAUACAUGUUCCUCAUGAUGGUCGCGCCUGUUGGUCCUUAUUACCGGGGAGGCCUCAAGAGCGUGAACGCAAUCGUUAUGGACGAAUUCGACAGGGCAGCACCCUAUGGCGUCGGCAGCAAGAAGUGUGCCGGAAACUACGCCGCAUCUCUUAAGGCCCAGAGCGUUGCUCUGAAAAAGAGCUUCCCCAUUCAGCUGUACCUCGACGCUGCUACGCACACGUUUGUUGAGGAGUUCUCCACCAGCAACUUCUUUGGGAUUAAGGACAUCCAGAGAGAUGGGGCGGGCAAGAUCGUUUCGUGCACUUACGUUACUCCUAAGUCUCCUUCUAUUUUGCCCUCGAUCACGAACAAGACUCUCCGCGAGCUUAUUUCCCAGUACUUCGGCUGGAAGGUUGAUGUGCGCGAGGUCCCGUUCACAGAGGUUAAGACAUUCCAAGAAUGCGGAGCCACAGGCACGGCCGUCGUUGUGACGCCCAUUGCUUCCAUCACCCGCGGUUCCACUGUUAUCGACUUCCUGCAAUCUGACGAUCAGGUUGGCGAAGUUACCAAGCUACUAUAUGAAACUGUCCAGGGCAUACAGUACGGGGUGAUCCCAGACAGAUUCAACUGGAACCACUACAUUGACGUGUAA